AAAGGUCCUCCUGCCUGAGAGCCAGGAGGUCCCAGGAGAACCGGGAGAGUGCGGCAGACGAGGAGCGACACGGGAUGGGAGCGCAGGAAAAGGAGGAGGAGGAGGAGGCGGCUCCUUCGACGGGGAAGAAGCAACAGAAAUCCUCCAAAGAGGUUUAUUUCUCCGUCCUACCGGACAGAUACGAGCCUCUGAUCGAGGAAGAGGAGGAAGAGGAGGAGGACAGAGAGGAGACGCCAGAGGAGAGGAGGAAGAGGAAGGAGGAGAAGAAGAGGAAGAGGAAGAAGCGGUACAAGAAGUACAGGAAGAACGUGGGGAAGGCUCUGCGGUUCAGCUGGCGCUGUCUGACGGCUGGUUUACAGAACAUGGCCUCCACUUAUUCCACACCGCUCUCGGCUAUGUCCACAGUGGUGACAGAAGUCCAGCGAUCUGCCGGCAGCAAAGCAUGAUGGGACUCGGCCCUGUGCCUCCUCACCCAGGAUGUGACCCACCAGGAGUGUGCUUUUAGUCAUAGAAGAAGAAGUUGGUAUUUAUAACAAUGUGAUUUUUAAUAAGGAUAAAGGAAUUUAGACGGCUAUAAACUAAAUAUUAACACAUUAAUCCCUCAUUUAUAUAAAUGAUAUAAAGCUAUUUUAAAUGUAUUUCUGAUUAACAUUCACUCUGAUAUGAGUUUGUAUUAUAUUUCAUAAUCUCUAUUAUGACUUUUUAUUAUGUUUACCAUCUUUUUCAAAAGCCUAUUUUAUAUUAUAUGUUUUUAAUACUGUGUACAAUCCACUUUAAAUUCUUCAUCAUUUUUAUUAAUGGCUUCAUAAAACUGUGAAAACCUAUUGCUGUAUUUCUUUAAAUAAAUUCCCAUUUAAACUGUGAA